AUUCAUUUACCCAUUGAUCCCCAUUCUGCUCGUCCUCUAUUUCAGAGAGAGAGAGAGAGAUGGGUGACACUGCUGUUGAUUUUUUUCUGGAGACCUUGAAGCAGCUUCUAACGAGCUCCAACCUCGAUUUUACCAUAGACGAGAAACUUCAACUUCGAUCUCUUGAGGAGGAGAUAAAAUACCUGAGAGAGUUCCUCAAGAUUACAGAGAAGAAACGCAACAAGGAUUCAGAAGUGAUGAAACUGGUGAUGCGGAUCAGAGAUGUGGUAUCCGAGGCAGAGAACAUCGUAGAACUAUUUGUGGUUCUUGUUAUCAAAGCUGAUCAUGCCGCUGAUUUUCUUCGUGAACAUAAGGAUUAUCUUUCCUUUGACCUUGUUGAAAAAGUUAAAAAGGAGAUCAAGACUCUCACAGCUGAGGUGAAACAGAUUUACAAUGAGAAUAUGUAUGACAUGAAUGGCGCAGCAGUCAAAAAACUCAAGCACUCUUCUACCGAAAGUGGAGGAGGUUCAAGUUCAUCAAGAGGGAGCAACCCCUCCAAAGUGGUAGAAGAGAAGGUGGUGGUCGGUUUCAAGGACGAGGUAGAGACAUUAAUGAGAAAGCUUCAUGAUAAUGGAGAGGGUGGACUGCUAGAGAUUAUAUCAAUCGUCGGUGCAGCUGGAGGCGGCAAAACCACUUUGGCCAGAGAAGUGUAUGAUCAACGUUUGACGUUGGAAACCUUUGAAAUUCGUGCAUGGGUUGUUGUUUCUCAAGAUUAUGAUAAGACAAUGAAGAAGGAUUUGUUGAUUCGUAUUUUGAAAUCAGCUUUCCCAAAAAAUCAUGAAGAUUACGAGAAGAUUGAUGAGGAUAUGUUGGGAGAAAAGCUACUCAAAUGCUUGAAGGGUAAGAAAUACCUUAUUGUCAUGGAUGACAUAUGGCGCAUUGAAGCCUGGAAUGACAUCCAAAGAUCAUUCCCUAAGGAACGCAAGGGGAGUAAAGUGUUGUUCACUAGUCGGCUUGUUGACGUUCAACCUGAUGGCGUCAGCUGUGUCCCUCAUUGUUUGGAUCGCUUACAAGAAAGUUAUAGUUGGGAGUUGUUACAAAAGAAGGUAUUUGGGAUGGAACCCUGCCCACCGAAGUUGGUGGACAUCGGUAAGCAAAUCGCAAAAAAAUGUGAAGGAUUACCACUAGCAAUUGUUGCAAUAGCUGGAAUUCUGGCAACUGAAGACAAGACGCUCGACGUGUGGGAGGAAGUUGCCAAACGUUUAAGUUCAAUCAUUGCCAAAAAGCAGGAGGGCUGCAUGGAGAUACUAGAACUUAGUUACAAUCACCUGCCUCUUCAUUUAAAAGCGUGUUUUCUUUAUAUUGGAGCUCACCCCGAAGAUUAUGAAAUCCCUGUACGUGAGCUGAUAUGGUUAUGGAUCGCGGAGGGAUUUAUUCAGCAAAGUGAUGCGAGGAAAAGCUUAGAGGCCGUGGCUGAAGAUUACUUAAUUGGUCUUAUUGACAGAAGUCUCGUAAUGGUAGCUAGGAAAAGGAAAUCUCACGGAGGAAUUAAAGCAUGCCGUAUCCAUGAUCUCCUGCGUGAAUUAUGCUUGAAAAAAGCAAAGGAAGAUAAUUUCUUUGUGAAAAUUUGCGAGGCAGAAUCUUUUUCACCUUCUACAACAAAUAAGCAUCGUCGCCUCUUCGGUGGCUAUCAGUUCCUUCGUAUGUUUUCCUCAAGGCUUCGUGCUCGUUACCUUCGUUCUUUCCUGAGUCUCUCCUUGCCAGAUUACCAUUCUUAUAAAUCAAAUGAACGCAAUCUCUCAUUCUUUGUUGAAAACUUCGAACUUCUCAGGGUGUUGCAUUUUAUCUCCGCUAGAAGCAUAGGAGAAAUAGGAAUAGGAGAUCUAGUUCAUUUGAGAUACUUAGCACUUACGUUAUCACCAGGAGUACCUUACCGUACAUGGAAUUCUACCCCUUUUCACUACCUCCCGAACCUAGAAACCCUUAACCUCGAUGUUUUAACAAACUUGGACAAGAUUUCAUUGCCUCGCGAUAUAGUUAAGAUGGUCAAGUUGAGGCAUCUACAUACUAAAUUGGGGAUAUUCGAAUAUCAUCAUGUUUUUUAUAAUGAAGACAACGGGAAUAUGUUGGAUAGCUUACAGACCUUGCACCGAAUGUGUAUGUGUAAGCAUUGCCUACGUUUCUUGGAAAGGACUCCCAAUCUUAGGAAGCUAGGACUUAUUGAUGGGGAUGAGGAUGGUGUUUUGAUGCUCCCCGACCUGGAGUUCUUAAAAGGCCUUGAGAAACUCUCUGUCCAUGGAUGGAACCCGUGCAAUUGGGUGCGAAGCACUGGGCUGAAGCUUCCUCAGACUCUUACGCGGCUAACUUUGGGAUAUUUGGGCUUGGUGUGGGAGAAGCUGUCAAUAAUCCUCCGAACCCUGCCGAGCCUUGAGGUUCUCAAAUUAUUAAAUGAGGCCUGUAGAGGACCAGUUUGGGACACAAGUGAACUAGAGGACUUGAAGUUCUCUCAACUCAAGUACUUGAAGUUAUAUCUUCUGGAUAUCGAGGAGUGGAGUGUUUCCGAAGAUCAAUUUCCGAGACUUGAAGUCUUAGUGAUUCAGGAUUGCACAUUUCUGGAUCAGAUCCCGUUUGAAUUUGCUAAUCUGUACGACCUUCGUGAAAUUACGGUGGAGUCGUCCAGUCGAUCUGCGGAGGAAUCGGCCAUGGAGAUUCAGGAAGAGCAAAGAAGUAAAAAAGGAGAUGAUGAUUGCCUAAAUCUCGUUUUCAGAGAUAAUGGAGCCACGAAUACUUACACAGGGGAGAGCAUAAUGGUUUGCCCUUCACUGGGAUUUUAAUGGAGGUACAUUUGGGUUCUCUGAAGGUCUGUGUUUUUUUUUUUUUACUAUAUAUUUGUAGAAUACGAACUUUGAUUGGAAGCAUCAUUAUCGAUCUUAGUUAUAUGAGUUUUGAUUGUUUCGUGGGAUUUCAAUGUGCGGUAGAAGCACCUGAUUUCAGUUAACUAUGGAAUUUUAGAUAAAGCUCAUAUUUGCUGACAAAUUUGUACAAGGAUGACUUCUAUAAGUUGAAAGCCUUGUUUUAUAAUGAUUUCUAUUGUUUCUAAGAAUGGCUAUUUUGUGAUUUUUGUAGUGCUAUGAUGAUCCCUCAAAUGGACUCAAUUCUUUUCCAAACCAGAUGGGUUACGCUAUCUCAACAACAUAGAAACCAACCGUUAUAAGUCCAACGGAGAGAGAAAAGGCAGCCGCAGUUGCAAGCUUUCUGCAAUGCACAUUUGCAACUUCUAAGUUGCAAGCUUUCCGCCAUUUACUUUAGAAUGGCGUUUUUCAUAAUAUGUACCAUGUGUUUGGUUGAAGCCUUCAUUAUUGAGCAAGUCCAGUUUAUAGUUGACAAGAUUGUUGUAAAAUAAUUGGUGAUGAUUUUUUUGGUGGCUUUAUCUUCCUUCUCUCGACGCGUUUCUCUAGCAUCUUCAAUUGUUCUAUGAAACAUGUAUCACUGGGUCCUCUCAAAAUAUGCUUGGUCCAAUUA